UUGCAUCGGGGAAAACUGAUCGUUUGAUUUGAGACAUUUUCGAGACCCGACUAACAUUCACCGUGUGCUAGAGUAGCUUCUGUUGGAAUCUCGUUAAUAUUUAGGUUUGCUCCUUUUUGAACCUCGUUUUGCACGGUUCAACUUACCUCCUCUUCUGUUCACGUUAAAGAGAAAGGGAGGAAAGCUUAAUCGUGUAUGUAGAUCUAUUCUGCAACUCUUAACGACAAUGUCGAUAUCGGUGUACCAUCAUUAGUAGAUGUUAUUAUAUAAAGGAGGGCAUUUUUGAGGGUUGCUGAUGUCAAUCAACCGCCUUUGAAUUGCCAGAACCUUUCUUCGCCUUCAAAAUGUCAAUUGAUUGUGUGCUCAGUUUUCAUUUGUUGAUAUAUUAGGGGACGAGUAGCAUGAAAGUUGAAGAGGAAGAAGAGGCUGAUGUAAGACGAUACCGAACUGUCGUUAAGAGUCAUCUAUUGGAGCGUGAAAAAAAAGGAGCAGGGCUGUUUUGACUCGAGAGGCUUCAUCUAUCGGAAAGCAACACACGUGACAGAUUCGUGGACACCUCUUAAACCUACGUACACUUGCGCUUUCGGGGUGGAUGAUAGGAAUUUACUGAAAAUCCAAGAUCAAAGCCAUUCAAAACGCUGGAGAAAGACGGAGGAGCUUCGGAGGAGGGGGAGAUGUCUGCUGGCACCCAGGGCGAGAUUCGGGUUGGCCCUUCUCAUCAGGAGUUGGUUUCUUGUCAGGCCCGUUUGCCUGAGUAUCGGCCGGGUAUACCCCCCGGAGAGCUGCCACCCGAUCCAGAAUUCUCCAAGGAGCGCGAGGAACUAAAAUGGGUACCGGCCAUGGCGUUGGACGGGGAUCUGCUCAUGUACUUGAGGGCGGCCCGUUCAAUGGCCGCGUUCGCCGGUAUGUGUGACGGCGGUUCCCCGGAUGAUGGUUGCGUGGCCGCCUCCCGAGACGACACUACCAUCAACGCGUUGGACAUCCUGCACAAUUCUGGCUAUGAUCCCGGUAGGGCGCUCCAGGCACUUGUCAAAUGUCCCAUACCGAAAAGCGUCGACAAGAAGUGGUCCGAGGACGAAACUAAGCGAUUCGUCAAGGGCCUGCGGCAGUUUGGAAAGAAUUUCGCGCGUAUUAGGAAGGAUCUUCUGCCUCACAAAGAUACGCCGGAGCUCGUCGAGUUCUAUUACUUAUGGAAGAAGACUCCGGGCGCAAAUAAUAAUCGGCCACACCGACGACGCAGGCAGAGCUCACUACGGCGUAUACGCAAUACGCGUAACUCACGCGCCGGCACUCCGAAGGAAGACGUACCCACGCCAACUAAGGACGCACAGCCAACGGCCAACAUUAGUGCGAAGGAGACUGUGUCCGAGGCUGAGACCGUGCCGGUCGGCACCCCGGCCAGCCACAAUCCCGGCGGCGAGAUUAGUUCCGUGACCGAGGACGAUAAUUCGGAGGAGGACAGCGACUCGCGCGACACCAACACGAACGGCACCGCUCACUCGUGCCAGCACUGUUUCUCCACCAGCUCGAAGGAUUAUCAAGUAGCCGGCAAAGAUCGAUUAUUACUCUGUGCAGAAUGUCGAUCGCACUUGAAGAAAACCGGCGAAUUGCCGCCUGCGCCGCCUUAUUUGUUCCGCCCGGUACCGGCGGAAUCGCCUGAGAGUCCUGGUAGAAUGCGUACGCGGAAUAAAGCCAAGGAGACACCGAGGCCAGCGAGACCGCGACGAACUGGUGGCACAGAUACGCCCGAUCAGGAGAAGCAGCAGCAGCAGCAGCAACAGACGCCUGAUAAAAGCAAGAAGAAGUCGUCCGGCAAAGCGGACACGCCCAAGAAGGGACAGAAACGUUCGGGUCAGGUAGACGACGUCUGCAACGACGAAGAUAAGGACGCUCAGAAGCGGAAACGCGGCGGCGGCGAACGGCCCGAUAGUCCGUCCGAAUCUCUCACUACCGACAGCAAUUCCCUGAUGGAUGAGCCGGAGAGGGAAACGGAGGGCGACGCAAACGAGAAUCAACCGACGCCGCCGACGGUCGCCGGUGUAGUCGGCGCGGAAGAGCCCGUGAGUAGUCCGGCCGUCACGACGCCCGAGGAGCCGUCCGAGCCGACGCCAGUGUCUACUCCGGUACCAGCCGUUAUACAGAGCCUGCCGAUAUCGGUGCCAGUGAUACACAGUUUAGAGAAGAAGCCGCCCGGCUUGUUGGAUCAAGAACAAGUGGAUCAAAAUAAGAUAAUGGACCAGGCGGAAGAUGUGCCGUUAGCUAUGAAUCAACCGUUGGAAGCGAUGCCGAUCGAAUCGACGAUGUCACCGACGAUGUCCAACGAGGAGAUAGGUAAGGAGCCCGAACAGACGCAGCUGAACCUGAGCACGUCUGCGCAAGUUGGACCGGGUCCCGGUGAUAUCGGUCCUCCGACUACGGGUCGUAACUUAUCGCAAGUUAUACCUGGUAUUAUAACGAGCGUAGGCUCACAGGCGAGUAUGUCGAACUCGCAAAUCCCAGUGAUAUCACCCAGUCAACAACAGAGUGGUGCUGGCGUUGGUGGGUUGCCGACGAGUCUAAGUAUGCAAUACGUACAACCUCCGCCGCCGCCGUUACCAGUGCAGAAUGUGCCACAGAAUUUGUCACAGAGUAUACCACCGCAAAUGGCGCCGAAUAGCGUUCCACCCAAUGCGCAGAAUAUGGGACCAACGAAUCUUCGUAGUCACGUGACCGAAAGUUUGCAGAGUUCCGCGCAAACGCUGCCUCAGAACAUGACGGGACCACCGCCGUUGAACCUCAACAUUUCGCAGAGUGUAUCGGCCGGUAUUGGUGGUCCAAUCAACCAAAUGCCACCGAUGCCGAGCCCGCCGUCGCAGCCGCUUGGCUUGACCGUGAUGUCGUCCGAAAGUAGAAACGCCGAGAGGCUAGCGGACGACAGACUGUCGGCGAGUGAACGGACUCGAGACAGCAGAAUUUCCGACUCUCGCAUGGUGCCAGAACGCAUUUCGGAGCGAACGGGAGAGAACAACGAACCGGAACGAUCGGAGCCAACUAACCUGUUUCAACCAAUACAGUCUGGUGGAAUGCUGCCGAUGGAGAAGCCUGUGGGUAUCUACAAUCUGGCUGGAACGCCGCCGAUGGAGCCCCAGAACUUGAAGAUUAAGCAGGAAAUUAUACCACCGGAACCGGAUCCUUUGCAGAGUUUAAAAGAGGUCAAGGUACCGGGUUUUCAAAGCUCUUUCCCUGGUCCGAGCCUAGACAAUAUCAAGAAGGAUCCGGACGGCACGAGCAAACCGCCGACGCCGAGCAAGCAUUCUGUACCGCCUGCUCAGACGGUGCCAUCGAUACAGCCGGUCGCGGCGUCGCCAACGGCUACGCCGACACCAACGCCAAGUCUGCCACCACCGCCCAGUUCAAUCCCGCAACCGGUGAUGCAUCCCGCGCAGCAACCGAGCCCGCACAUGGCACAUCCCUUCCACCCGCAUCAUCCGUUGAUGCAUCAUUCACUAUUUACCGCCAUGCACCCGUAUCAUCCUCAUGCCUAUCCGGGAUAUGCGCCGGUGGGAGGAUACCCGUCCUUCUCGCCAUAUCCCUACGGGCCAGUGCCUCACGCCAUUCCGCCGCCCUCGCCGCAGCGUAGUCAAGAGAGCAGCAGCACCAUGAUGGCGGCGCAUCACGCUAGCACCAGCUCGAGCGUCGCGAGCAGAGAGGAGGGCGAGAAUUUGAUCGCGAGUCAUCAUCACUCGUCCAGUAUGCAUCAGCAGCCAAGCAAUUUGCAUCACGACAAGCUGCUGACUAUCUCCUCUCACAGCUCCCACAGUCAUUCCUCGUCGCACAGUUCGCACAGUAGCCAGCGUAAAACGUCGCUCGUCUCAGCCACAUGCUUGACAUCAUCCAGUUCCUCGCACCAUCAUCAUCGUCCGCCGCAAUCGCAGCAACCGCAAGCCGUGCCAGAGCCAAAGAUCGAACAGGACUUAGACCCGGAACCGGAGGAGUCUAUCAGUCCUCGUGGACCAUCGCCAGAGCCACGUAUCGAGGAUUCCGAAUGUCAUCGAUCGCAAUCAGCGAUCUUCCUGAGGCAUUGGAAUCGCGGUGAGAACAACUCGUGUACGCGUACCGAUUUGAUGUUCAAACCGGUACCAGAUUCGAAACUUGCGCGGAAACGCGAGGAACGCUCGAGGAAGCAAGCGGAACGGGAACGAGAGGAGCGCGAUCGCGCCGCCGCUGCAGCACAACAGGCCCGGAAGAUGACAACGCCCGAGAAGCAGCCGGAAGUGUGCAAACCACCCAGUCGUGGUCCUCUCGAGCCCGUCGUCUCGCCUUACGACCGCUAUGCAGCGCGUCCAGGUUCCUACGCGGACACUCCAGCGCUUAGGCAAUUGUCAGAAUACGCUAGGCCACACGCCUUCUCGCCUGCCAGACAUCCAGCCCCGACCGAUCCGAUGCUGCACUACAUUUACGGACGUGAAGCCGCGGCGGCACAGCGGCUGGAAUUGGAGCACUUGGAGCGCGAGAAGAGGGAACGCGAGAUACGUGAAUUACGCGAGAGAGAGCUGAAUGAUCGGUUGAAGGAAGAGCUGUUCAAGGGCACACCCAGACCGAUGCCGGCGCCGCCGGUCGAUCCGCACUGGCUGGAGAUACACCGUCGAUACGCCGCCGCCGGUCUGGCACCAGGUCCUUCAGGACCACCUCAAGCUUUACACCAAUUCGGCCUCUACGGGGCUCCACCGGGUCCGAGUCAAAUUGAGAGGGAACGACUCGAGCGACUAGCGCUGUCGCGUUUAGGGAUUCCGACUGCAGCCGGCGGGGGGCCAGCGGGUGGAGCGGCUGGCCAUCCCGUGGCGGCUCAUCACCACGGCCAGCUGGAAGAACGGCUGGCUCUGGCCGCUGACCCGAUGGUCCGAUUGCAAAUGGCUGGCAUCUCGCCCGAAUAUCAUGCUCACACUCACGCGCAUACGCAUGCGCAUACGCACUUGCACUUACAUCCGGGACAGCAACAGGCCCAGCAACAGGCUCAGCAACAGCAGGAAGCCGCUGCGGCUGCGGCUGGAUUUCCUCUGCCGGCUGCGGCCAGCGCCAAUUACCCUCGUCCCGGUUUAAUGCCGCGUGAUCCCGCCCUGGCGCUUCAUCCGGCAGAACUCCUGGGAAGACCUUACGCGGACAUGGCGGCGCACCAUGAACAACUGCAACGGCAUCUCAUGAUGGAGCGCGAGCGAUUCCCUCCGCAUGCGUCUCUCGUAGCCCAUCACGAGGAAUACUUAAGACAACAGCGUGAGCGCGAGCUUAAAGUUCGUGCACUGGAAGAAGCCGCACGUGGAUCGCGUCAAUAAACAUAUUUUUAUUUAUAUAUAUGUAUAUAUAAUGUUAUAUAUUAUGUAUAUUAUAUAUAAAUAAUAUAUAGAUAAUAUAUAGAUAAUAUAUACAUUAUAUAUAUGUAUAUAUAGCCUUGAUUAUUUAGACGCGACAUAUAGAUAUGAGCGUUCUUUCAACGCAUCGACGAGAAUUCUGAAAAUCCACUCGGGAUAACGUUGUAAUCUACUAUUUAAGAUCAGAAAUUAUUUUUAUGAUCUUUCAGAUCGAUGUAAGUAAAGGAAUUAUACAUAUAUAUAUAUAUAUAUAUAUAAAUAUAUAUAAAUACAUAUAUAUAUACAUGCGCGACGAAUAUGAUAAUUGUAAUUGUCUCGCUACUGUAAAUAGUACAAGAUAUUUUAGAGGCCCGGCGCUAUAUCAUCGGUGCUGGCACAUUCUUAGAGAGAUCGAGAUUUAUACAUAUAAAUACAGAUGCUUGAUAUAUAAGCUAUUUUCAAGUUCUCUAGAUAUUACACCGUUAAUUGCUCCUCUACGCUGUCAACGUCACCGCUCGUCGAUCGUGUUCGACCUUGCUUUUUCCUUUUUAAUCUGAUUUUAACCCUCAACUACACUGGCGGGGUACUACAAACGUACCCCAUCGCACACAAUUACGCACAAAUAUUUCUCGCGUGGCGGAGUUUGUAGUUUAAGAUUACUGUUAUUAAAAAAAAAUAUUCUAAAGUUAACGUUGUCGAGAAAAUUAGAAAAAAAUCUUUACUUAGACCUCUAUAAACUUUAUUUUCUAAAAGGUAGUAAAUAAUUACUUUUCAGCUUUAGAAUAUUUAAUUAUUAUAUUAAAAACACCAACUUUUUAAAUUUUAUUUUAGUUAAAACUUAUCAAAAUUUACAGUACAAAAUUACUCUGCGGGUGUAGUUGUUUGGCUAAUGUAGUUGAGAGUUAAGUGCACACAUGCCAAAGUGCUUGUACGAGGUGGAAUUACACCGCGUUUUUCAUUCUUCCAUAUGUGUAUAUACAUAUAUUUUUAAAUAUAUAUACAUAAAAUAUAUAUAAGACUACAUAUAUUAAAUAUAUGUAAUAAUAUAUAUAUUUUGCAAGAUUUAUUCCCAUAAGUAAUAAAAAACGUAUAUAAAAGCGAGGAAAAAAGAUAGGCAAAGGCGAACGGUCUUGGUUGGAGCGAGUGGAACGUUUUGCUUAUCUAUUACCUUUCUAUCAAAAUUUUUAUCUUUUUUAAUUAAUUUUAUAUUGUGCAUAGUGUAAUAUGUAUAAGUAGAGUGAAAGAUAACUACGUCUGCGUUUAUAUUGACGUAAACCUGUUACGACGCAAAUUCAUUUUAGAACAUUUUAAUUUCAACACCCGAAGAACCUUCCACAUCGAUCUGCUUGAUCGUCCGCAUUCGUAUAAAGUGUGUAAUCUAAGUUCCAUUAUUAUUUUAUUAAUAUAUUAGACUUGUGUAUAUUUUCUACAUAUGUAUUUCUUAAGGUAUUCUUUUUGCAUACCGCGGGCCUUCGGUAACAUAGCGUGCGGUAUCAUCAACGAUUAAGAUUAUAUGAAAACCUUAAUUCUGUCUUAUAUUAGCUGAUGGACCCGCGUGAUGAUGUUUCUUCGACAAUAUCGAACGUUGAAGUAUAACCUUUAUGAAUCAAUGACCACUUGAGAAACAUGUAAAUUUUAUGCUGUGUAACUGAUUCGAUGUAACCAAGUUAUUUAAUUGAGUAAACAUUUCAUACGAA